AUGACCUCUCCUCCCCCCAAGAAACCCCCCGCCGGUGGGCGCACUGGCCACUUUGACGGAGAGGGCACGACAACGACGCCGGAUCCUGCGCCGGACCAUGGUGCUGGCCGUCGAGCCCGUGAAGUGUAUAGUAUCUUCCACCCACAGAGCCUCAUUUCGCCCAUCGAGGAAGAGGCUGAGCCGACAUCGCCACUCCCUCCGGGCCAAAGUACCCCGAGUACCCCGCAUCAUGGGGGUGGGAGCUCCCAGCAUUACUCUUCUGUUGCUUCCCCCGCAGGCUCUCCCCACCUGCACGCAGUAGACACCGAGUAUACUGUCCCUUUGGUGCUCGAGCCACAUCUGAGCCACCACAACGAGACCUUGACCUCCUUCGCCCAGUUGGCUGCUUUGCGGCUGGAUGUUGAGCGCGUGCUCAUUAGCGUCUCCGAUCAGGACUCGCAGUUUAUCAUCGCGCAAGCCGCACAAACAAACCAGGGUGAUCUGGAUCUGCAGGACCUGGGUGAUGGAGUGUGGAAUGGGAAUUCCAGGCUCUCUCUCGAUGAGUGGAUCAUGUGCAGGGAUACGCUGGACCUCCCGCCCUCCAACCGGGAGAAGGGCACCUCCUCGUUCAUCGAGGUCAACGACCUCAGCACCGACGAGCGGUACAAGAAUCUCCCGUUCGUCCGCGGGGAUCCCGGCUUUCGCUUCUACGCCGGCACGCCGCUGACCGCGGACACGAAGAUUAACAUCGGCUCGAUCUUCGUGCUGGACAAGAAGCCCCACCCGACGGGGUUGACCACGCUCGAGAAGAACGCCUUGGUGACCGUGGGCGCCCUGGUCAGCGAGUAUCUCGCCGUCAGCCGACAAGCCACCGACGGGCGACGCGCAGCCCGGCUCUCCCGCGCCCUGAAUUACUUUGUCGAAGGCAGUUCGGAGAUCGGGGAGCGGGCAUCGACGGCCCCCAGCACACCCGCCGCCAUGGGCUCUGGCUCGAUGUCGUGGUCGCCACCACCACCAACGCUGUCUAACCGAUCCGCUCUGCGCUCCGCUGAGUCCCCAUCCGUGAAGAACAGCGAGACACGCUCGCAUCGGUCACGCAGCUCCCGCGGGACGUGGAGCCAGGGCGUUCGAUCUUCGGGGGCUCGAUCUACGUCGCGCGACAGGCGCGGGUCUGCGAUGUCGAGAUCCGAGACCAGCACGGGUUGCACGCCGGGGGCCUCGUCGUCAGGGGAUUCGUGGAUGUUCCAGCGGGCGGCGAACUUGAUCCGGCAGAGCCUGGAGCUGGGCACCGACGGUGGUGUGAUCUUCCUCCGCGCCGAUUCCCAUCUCCUCCACGAAACCAAAUGGCGCAGCAGCAAUAACGUCGGCGAGAAAACCCCGCGCGAACCGACUCUGCCCCAUGUGCUGGCGGCGUCGACCGCGCACGAGCCCUUCGCCCCUCGCCCCGGCUCCAAGAACACGACGCAGUAUCCCGCCUCGGAAUUGAAUGUCGAGUUCCUGCACCAGUUGUUGGACCGCUAUCGCCACGGCAGACUGUGGUCCUUCCACCGGGACGGACUGCUCUCCAGCUCCGAUGACGACCGACCCUCGCCCGCGCGCACCGACUCCCAGCAGAGCAUCGACGAGUCGCGGGUGCAGAAGGCCUCAGAAAACUCGACCCUGAACCGCUAUUUCCCCGGCGCCACGCAGGUGCUGUUCGUGCCCCUGUGGAACGCGGCGGACUCGCAGUGGUUCGCCGGCUGUUUCUGCUGGAACAUGCUGGAGACGCGCGUGUUCAACCCGGCCGUCGAGCUGAGCUCUAUGCUGGGAUUCGGUUCCUCCAUCAUGGCCGAAUACAUUCGCAUGCAGUCGGUGGCGGCAGACAGGCAGAAAAAUCAUUUCAUUGGUAGUAUCUCGCAUGAACUACGCAGUCCCCUGCACGGAAUUAUGGCCGCCGGCGAAUUCCUGCAGGGCACCCGACUGGACGAGUUCCAGCGCUCCUUGCUGGACACCAUCUCCAAUUGCGGCCGUACCCUGCUCGACACCAUGAACCAGGUGCUGGAUUAUAGUAAAACCGUCUCGUCGGAGCGCGGCCGUGCCCACGCCAAGCGCCGCAGCGCGAAGAGAACCGGCUCCGGUGCCUCUUCGUUACUGGACACUUCCGUGGCGACAGACCUAAGUGCCCUGGCUGAGGAAGUCGUGGAAGGCGUGUAUCUGGGCCAUGCGUAUGGGCAACGAUCCACCGCCCCGUCGGACUGCCCGGAGAAUAUGGCGCAGAAGUCGCUGGUGGACGCGUCGCACCCGAUCCAAGAGAAGCUGGCUGUGGAAGUGGUGCUGGAUAUCGCGCAACACAAUUGGGUAUACCAGACCCAUCCUGGCGCGCUGCGGCGCAUCAUCAUGAAUCUCGUGGGAAAUGCCCUGAAAUACACCGAGGCCGGCAAGGUAUCCUUGGAGAUGGACGUGAUUGAGGCGGCGCCCCGGAAGGCGGGCGCUGCUGCCAAAGCCGGGGAAACGCUGGUGCUGACGGUCUCCGACACGGGCAAGGGCAUCUCCGAAGAGUUUUUGCGUAAUCGACUCUACACCCCAUUCGCGCAGGAAGAUCCGUUGGCCGUGGGCACUGGCUUGGGGCUGUCCAUCGUGCGCAGUUUACUGAAGUCCCUCGAAGGCGACAUCACAUUCGACAGUCGCGCAGGCGAAGGGACCACUGUCAAAGUCACCAUGCCUCUGACUCGACCCGGUCUCGAGGACGCUUCUCUCGAUCGCGAUCUCCAGAAUUUGAUGAUACAAGGAAGCAAGAGCUCCGGACCGAUUGGAAAGCAUGCCGGGCGACGAGCAAGUAUUCUUCUCGAAGGAGACCCGGACGAUAUUUCGUCGUCCCCGCGAUGGACGAUCAUCAGCCGCUACCUUGUCGGCUGGUUCGGGAUUGAGCUCGUGCCGCACGAUUCCGACUCGCCCGUCGACUUCAUGCUUGUGGAUGAAACCACCACCGUUCCAAUCGAAACAGAGACCGUUCUCCUCCCGAUAAUCGUCGUAUGGGACCCAUCAACAUCUCCAUCGAAACCUCUUCCCGGCUGGCUGUCGUCGGCGCCGACCGUGAACUUUGUCCGUCUGCCGUGCGGGCCAUGGAAGCUGGCGGCUGCCAUUGAGCGCUGCUUGAACCAACAGUCGGAGGCAACGUCCGUCGGACUUCAGUCGAGGGCAUUACCUGUUGGACACGACAACCGACAUUCAGCUGCCGCCGCAGCCGCUACACAAUCACAACCCUCACUGUGCCCCCAAUGCCAGAGCGCAUCCACACAGCAGGAUGCGGUAAUCGAAAGAACCGCGCGAGGCCCACGAGUCCUAGUGGUGGAAGACAACCCAAUCAAUCGCAACCUCAUUCUGACAUUCCUGAAGAAACGGAACCUGGCUGCGCUCGAGUCGGCCGAAAACGGCAAGCGCGCCGUCGAAGCGGUCGAGCAGGAGAAACAUGGCUACGACCUGAUCUUCAUGGAUAUUUCCAUGCCAUUGAUGAACGGCUUCGAAGCCACACGCGCCAUCCGCGCCCUAGAACGGGAGCGGGACAGCGGCGUCACCGCCAAGAUCAUUGCUUUGACCGGCCUCAGCAGUGCGCAGGAUGAAACCGAGGCGUUGAACUCCGGGAUGGAUAUGUUCGUUACCAAGCCAUUCUCGUUCGAGAAGCUGUCCGAAUACCUGGAGAAGUGGGAGCAGAAUAAGUUAUGA